ACCAGGCCACUCGUGCUCGGAUUCUCCAUUUUCCACGAAAAUCCUCUCCCCCUCGCUUUGCUAGCUCACCGAAUCCACUACCUCCUCCGCUCCGCCGUGAUGUUGCUCCCGCUCCGUCGCCUCCACGGCCUCCUCCGCCGCUCCCUCUCCACCGCCGUUUCGCGCCCCGCCUGGGCGAUGAUCUACCGGAUCUCCACGGCGGAGGAGUCCGCGCGGGGCGCGUCCCUCUCGCUUGCCCCGCCCCCGCUCGUCUCCCACCUCACCAUCCCCAGGCAUGCCAUCGGUCUGGAACCCUUCCAGGACAACACCGACCGCGACCCCGUCAACUUCUUCAGCAGCGGCGCCCCGGACCCCAAGCAGGGCGCCUCUUCGCCCCGUCCGCCCAGCACCGACCGCAACUUCAUCAACGUCUUCGGCAGCGGCGUCCUCGCCGCCAGCGGCGACGGCCUCCUCCUGUUCGGCACCUACAGGAACCGCGCCAACGCCUGGAGGAUGUUCGAGCACCAGCCACCUACCCCCGUCCCUUUCGAGGUGCUCGACCAGGUGUUCGCGCGCUCCUUCUACGACCCGAUGCGGCUCGCGCGCUUCGUCUGCAACCCCAUCACCGGCGAGAUGGUCCGCCUCCCUGACUUCGACGGCACGGAGGACGCCUUUUCCGCCGCCACGGGCCUCCUCACCCAGGCCGACGGCGGGGGGCGCGGGCCGCCCAAGAGGUACGCCGCCGCGCAGCUCAGCCUGCUCGACGGUGGGCAGCGGUUCCUGUUGCGCCGGUUGUCGUCAGAGACAGGGGAGUGGGACGAGCUGGUGCUGCCGUCCCCGCUGCCGCCUGGGCGCCGGAUGCACAUGAAUCACGAGGUACUGGACUACGGGGGGCGGCUCUGGUGGGUGGACGUGAGCUGGGGCGCCGUCUGCGUCGACCCGUUCAGCGACCGGCCUGAGCUCUGCCCCGUCGAGCUGCCAGGAGACUUCAGGCUUCCCGACCAACAAGGCGAGGAGGAGAUGUGGCAGCUUGUCAAGCACCGCCGCAUGGGGGUAAGCGAAGGGAGGCUGCGGUUUGUGGAAGUUCGACAGGAGGAUCCGUUCCAGAUUAAUUCGUUCACGCUGGACGACCAGAGUGGGCGCUGGAUGCUGGAGCACCAGGUGUCGUGGAGAACUAUCCAUUCCGCAGCCAAGAAAACGCCUUUCAUUGCUGCUAUUGAUCCACUCAGCGUCGACUCACUGUAUCUUACUGUGCCCGUGGACAAAGGAUUCUGUAUUAGCGCGGACUUGCGCAGGAAGAUCCUGAUUGACUCAAUGGAGUUUGGUAGUGCCAUUCAUCCAAGCAAGUGCGAGUCAAGUUUCUUGCUGCCAUGUCUGCUCCCCUCAUUUCUCGGAUCAAGCCCGAUUCCAGGCAAGAAUGAUGUCACAAAAAGAAAGACUCUGGCAGAUGUUCUGGUUCGUUCAGACAGGCACCCGAAGACCUGAAGGGUACCAGUUGACAAGAUAAUGAAUCCCUCUGGAUUCAAAUCUUCUUAUCAAGUAGGAAGCUGAUUAUGCUAGUUUACCGUGCUCUUAUUUUGGGGAAUAUUUAGAGAUGUUUAGGUUUGUUGGAGUUAUGAGCUGAUGGAGUUAUCAUGUUGUUUGUGGGGACUCUGGGAAUCGCUGCUGACUGUCAGUCCGAAUCACUAUGUUCAAUCGGCAUGUAAUGGACACCAUACACUGUGUUCUUUUGCAAGACAAUUGCUCAUUAUCCUUUCGUGGGAAAAGUGUCCGUAUGCUUAAUUCUGUUAUGAGAAGUCCUAUAUGUAGAGAUCUCUGUUUGAUUCUCUUAUGAUAAUUAUUAUUCUGGGAUCUCCUCU